AUGGACGACGAAUGCGGAGCUAUUGUCAACAUGCCGCCAGGAUCUGAAAACAGCCUCGAGAUCUACGAACUUGCUCGUUUCGCUGUCGCCCACCAUAACCACAACCAGAAUGCAUUAUUGGAAUAUAAGAAGGUAACGAAUGUCAAGACCCAAUUGGUGGCCGGGUUGCUCUACUACAUAACGCUGGAGGCGGAGGAAGAUGGUCGAAACAAGGUAUACGAGGCCAAGGUGUGGAUCCGGCCUUGGAUGAAAUUUAAGUCACUUACGGAAUUUAAGCGGAGGUCCUGUUAUAUUUAUCAACCGGCGGCGGCAACAACGGCGGACUGGAGUCAUUGUCACAUUUCGUGUCCAACGGUGGCGUAUCCAUUCUCGGAUGCCGAUGAAUUUUUGGGAUUUCGUCGGCUCAAUUUCCGACUUGCGCGGGGCAGGCUAUGUGAAAAAGACGUAGGUGGUAGCGGGACUGAUUUCGGCAGGUCUGGUUUCCAGGUGGUGACCGAGGAGAGUGUACAUGGCGGAGGUACCGCCGAUAUCUAG